CCGCGUGUGCCGGGUCUGGCUGCGCGGCAGCUCCGGGCGGGAGCUGGUGUGCAGUCCCCGGGAAUGUGUGAGGAGCUGCGGGGCGGGAAGAGCCCGGAGGCGCCCUUCAGCGGCUCGAGUCAGGCGGUGGGGGCUGAAAUAACUGUAAACCAGAAAAAACAGGCGAUCGCUUUUUCCUUGUCGUGCUUUGGGUGAUGGACUUGUUCAGGGGUUUGCUGGUGUGAACUCUGGGAUCGUGUUUAAAAACGACUUAAAACUGGUUUAGGGCACAGCAGUCUUAAGUGUUUCCCUCAGCUUUCCUCGGCCCCUCAGCACAGCUUGUGAGAAAGGACGAGAUUAAAGCUGCAGAAUAUCUGUAAAGGAAAGUGAAACUAAGUAUGCUCAUUGAAAGUAAGUGGAAUUGUGGAAAUUGGAGGUGAAACUUCAGCCGUCAGAGAGCUGGUCUUGAAUCAAUCCAAGAAUGAACAAAUGUAAGAAGUCUUAUGUUAACCGGACUACAAACCUUGACAAGUUCAGUCCUGAAAUUCUGUCUGAAAUUGAGAAGCUCUUUGCAAAGAAGUUUACUUACACUAAGCCAGUGAAUAAUGAGUGGCAGCUUCCAGAUCCCAGCAAUGCUUUUACAAGCGAUCACAAGGAAUUCGACUCACUUCUGGCUCUGAAGAACUCCAUGAAUGACGUGAAGAAUCAACUCAGUGAUAAGAACCUGGAUGAAUGGCAUCAGCACACCUCAUUUACCAAUAAAGCAGGGAAAAUAGUUCCUCAUGUGAAGAAAUGGGUGAAUGCUGAGCUGUGUACCCAGGCGUGGUGCAAGUUCCAUGAGAUCCUGUGCAGUUUUCCUCUUCUCCCUGAAGAAGCUCUUCAGGACAGAGAACUGAAUACUGUCCACCUCUGUGAAGCACCUGGAGCUUUCAUAGCCAGCCUCAACCACUACUUGAAAUCCCACCAUGUCCAAUGUGACUGGAAUUGGGUAGCGAACACUCUAAACCCAUAUCAUGAAGCCAAUGACACUCUUAUGAUGAUAAUGGAUGACCGUCUCAUAGCAAAUACCUUGCCUUGGUGGUACUUUGGCCCAGAUAACACUGGUGACGUGAUGACACUGAAACACCUAACAGGACUUCAGAACUUUAUAAGUAACAUGGCCAUAGUUCACUUGGUGACUGCUGAUGGCAGCUUUGAUUGCCAGGGGAAUCCGGGAGAACAGGAGGCUCUUGUCUCACCCCUUCAUUACUGUGAAACAGUCAGUGCUUUAAUGAUCCUGGGCACUGGAGGGUCCUUUGUUUUGAAAAUGUUCACGCUGUUUGAACACUGUUCUAUCAAUCUGCUCUUUCUGCUAAACUGCUCUUUUGAGGAGGUCCAUGUCUUUAAGCCAGCCACUAGCAAAGCUGGCAACUCAGAGGCCUAUGUGAUUUGUCUUCGUUACAUGGGCAGAGAGAGCAUCCAUCCGUUGCUUUCUAAGAUGAUACAGAACUUUGGAACAGAAAUGGUCAACAAAGCACUUUUUCCCCAGCAUGUGCUGCCAGAGUCUUUUCUUAAACUACAUGAAGAGUGUUGCAUGUUCUUCCACAAGUGCCAGGUAGAAACUAUCUCUCAGAACAUCCAUCUCUUUGAGUGCAUGGGAGAAGCAGAGCAGACAAAACUGAACAAGUUAAGAGAUUGUGCAGUGGAGUUCUUCAUGCAGAGACUUUGUCUGAAACCCAUUUCCAGAAAGAACUGGCUUGUCAGGAAAUCUCGGACUGGUUGCAGCAUGAAUACAAAAUGGUUUGGGCAAAGAAGCAAAUAUUUUAGUACGUACAAUGAAAGGAGGAUGCUGGAAACCCUCACGUGGAAUGAUAAAGUGGCAAAGGGCUAUUUUAAUCACUGGGCUGAAGAGCAUAGUUUAAAUACUGCUGGGAAAAUGUGUGUCUUGGAAGGAUUGUCUUCUGACCUCGAGUGUAGCUUGUGGUAUGUUUUGGAAGGAAAAAGAUUACCAGUGGUAAAAUGUUCCCCAUUCUGUGAUGGUCAAGUCUUGGAAAAUCUGAAUGAAGCGCUGAACACAUUGAUGGGGGAGAGUCUGAAGAGCAGAAAGAUACUGCAGGCAUGUCAGUCGUGUGAAGUGCUUCCUGGGGAACUGAUACUGGCAGAAGUGUCUGAUCUCUCCAGAUGUCACCAGGAAGUCCUAAAGGGAAGAUGUGGUGACCAGUUCACGUGCCUUGUGGUAGACUUCUCAUCCCUCUGUGAUAUUGAGAGCCAGCCCAACAUGGAAACAAAGCUCCUGGACUCAUCCACACUGCUGACAUUCAGCCUCUCUUUGCUUUAUGAUGGAGAACCAAAGUACCAGCAGCAGCUUUUGGACUGUGUUCUGCAUUCGUUGGAUCAGCUGACAGUGGGAGAUGCAUUGAUUUUGCCUAUUCUUUCUUGUUUUACACGCUUCACAGCUGGCCUGGUAUUUAUAUUGCACUGCUGCUUCAGACGCAUCACAUUCAUUUGUCCAGCCUGCCCUGAGCCCUUGAGGAGCAGCGCUGCUUUGCUGUGCGUUGGUUACCGAGGCCUCCCAAAUCCAGUUGUACUCUACCUGCAGCAUCUGAAGGAGCUAAUGAGCUCUUUGCUUGACACAGACUCUCCCCAGCAAGUUUUGCAGUUUGUGCCCAUGGAGGUUCUCCUCCAGGGCAAGCUGUUGGAGUUCUUAUGGGAUUUAAACACAGCCAUUGCCAAGAGACAGCUUCACUUGAUUGUGGAAGCUAAGCAGCAGCAAAUGACUAGUGAUGUUUCACUUUAAAAUAGCUCUAGAAUUGAGCAAGUUGCUGCUGCUAGACCUUCUUUCACAGGCAGGUAGAAGGUGUUAAAAACAUUGUGAAUGUGAAGGUGAUGUUACUGCAAAAACCCCUGGUGUGAUGUUAGUGCUGGGGGGAUGUUUUGAGCUAUCAGUCCCACUUGCACCACAUUUUCCUGUUGUACAGAAACCUGAGGCUUAAUCUCAAAUGUAGGGGACAUGGGAGGGACAAUGCAUGAAGUGGAGAAACUGUUUCUUUUCUGUCCCGGCUCUCUCUGAGCAAGUUUCUUUGUGUGCCAUCUAAUUCAGAAUUGACUGUAGUGACAGGACAAGGAGUAAUGGGUUCAAACUAAAACAGAAGUUCAGGUAAGAUACAAGGAAGCGGUUCUUUCCUGUGAGCGUGGUGAUGCACUAAAACAGGUUGCCCAGAGAAGCAGUAAAUGCUCCAUCCCUGGCAUUGUUCAAGGCCAGGUCGGACAGAGCCUUUGGUGACAUGGUCUAGUGUCAGGCAUCCCUGUCCAUGUCAGUGGGGUUGGAACUGGAUGAUCUUAAGGUCCUUUCCAGCCCUAACCAUUCUAUAAUUUUAUAAUUCUAUGAUUCUGUGAUUCUAUGAUGGUAGGUGUGGUGGUGCAUUAUACCUGUAACAUCAGGCCAGAUGAUGGGGGACCCUGUUUUGUGACGUUAGCCCUCUUCUACUGAUCCAGCAAACCGUGGGGGUUUUGACACAUAGGUACUUUUCCAGGGUUUGUAGGAUCUGAAACAUGAGGUUUGGGCCAGAACGCUGAGUGGUGUGGUUUUGUGUGGCUUUUUAGAAUAAUUAUUCUAAUAAUUUCAGACUCCUUAGAAUAGUUUGAGAUGCCUGAGCAAAGAAGACUUCCAUCUGUCUAUUAACAAGAAGCUGCAAAUGUUUUUCAGGCUGAAAAUGUGAUCAUGCGUGUUUCUGUGUAUCAAGAAAUGCUUUGGGUACCAUUGGAGGCACAAUAAGCUGAAGGAGUUUGUGAUAACUGUCUUUGGGAAAGUAUGGUUAAGACUUCAUAGAAUCAUAGAAUCG